CAGCUGAGAGUGCACUCAUGAAGCAAACAGUGAACAUAGUUUCCAGGGAACAGUGGGGGGCAGCCCCCCCAAAACAUAAGGAGACUCUGAGAGCCCCGGCUCAGAGAGUUGUGAUCCACCACACUGCCUUUCAGAGCUGCAGAGGCAUGGCAGAGUGUAAGGACGGACUCAUGCACAUCCAGAGGUUCCACAUGAAUGAAAGAGACUUUGAUGACAUCGGCUAUAAUUUUCUUGUUGGUGGGGACGGCAUUGUUUUGGAGGGUCGUGGCUGGGGUGUGGUGGGAGCUCACACCAAAGGCCACAAUCACGACACCCUGGGCAUUGCAUUUAUGGGGAAUUUUAACAAUGACACACCAAGCAAAGAUGCACUCCAGUCAGUCAAGCAGCUGCUGGUGUCUGGAGUUUCCCACGGAUUCUUACAACCACACUUUGUCCUGUUUGGACAUCGAGAUUUAGGAGCCACAGAAUGCCCAGGAGAAAACCUUUAUGUCGUAUUGCCACAACUGAGGAGAAUAACGUAAAGCUCAAAGUGGAUUUCUGAUUGUGUUUUCAGGAAAAUACUUUACGAUCAGCUGCAGCUCAGUCUUC